CAAUUCAAUUCGGGCAGUUGUUCAUCGUUCUCCGAACAAAAGAGUAGCUAGAGUUGAAUGAAACAUCAAGGAAGUUUAAAAAUUGCGUUUAUUUUUUAAAAUUAUAAUAAAUAAUAAUUCCGAAUCGUCCAAUAAAGUCAAAGUCGAUACAUUUCGUUUGUGAUAAUCGUUGUAUCGGUCGCAUUGUUCAAUAUUGUGAAAUUGCCUUGACGAAAAAGAGACGGCCAUUUUGAAUGAUGACAUCAGUGCAUCAUCAUAUGUAUUCGAGAUCUAUUUCACAAAUUCUAGAAAAAAAAAUGGUGCAGACAGUAACUGAUCCUCAACUUCAAUACAGAAUGAAUCCAUCAAUAUCGUCGGUAUUUUACUUGGAAAGAGUCGGAUUUGAGGCCCGAGUAAAUUACAGGCACAACCUAAAAAAUGGUCCGAAUUUGAUUGGUCGAAACGAUACUGAAGGAGUCGACAUCGGAAUCAAUUCAUUCCAUUGCUCCCGAAAACAUUGUGUGCUUAGUGUUUGUGACGAUGAAAUUACUGUUGAAGACCUGAACUCGUCCAAUGGAACAACUGUUAAUGGAGUGAAAUUCAGCGGAGAAAAGAAAACGGUGAAAGAGCAUGAUAUCAUAGGAAUUGUGGGCGGUGGCAAUCCUUUGUCAGAAUUGGUUGGAAAUUUUGGCUUCAUUGUUUAUCGCAUCUGCAAAUAUACGACCGAUAACAUUCAAACAUUUGAAAUUGAAGACGACGAUCCGAUCGAAUUGAGUGACAAUGAAGAAAGUGACGUUAUUUGCCUUGACUCAGAUGGCGAAUUAGUUGAUGCAAAGGAGGAAGUUGAUCUCGACAUUCAAUUGUCACGAAACUUUAAUUUGGAGAUUAAGAAGGAGCUGAUCGAUUUCGAAGACGACUGGGAAGCACUUACCCUUCACGUGAAAAAGGAAAAUUUAGAGUUUGCGUCGAACGAAAUCGAUGAAUAUCUGUAUGAACCGUACGAAGACGAAAAUUCGAAUCAAAUCGAUGAGACGCAGUUGAAUGACAUUCCGGUCGAUAACGAUGACAGCGACAACGAUUCCGUUGAUUCAAAUGAAACGGUGUACUUCCCAACAUUUUCUGAGCAAAUCAGCGAUUUACCUGGUUGUAGUGAUGACAAAACAGCCCCGCUGAGUGACCAGACGAAUUUGGAUUCGAAAAAGUUGAAAAAACCACAAUUGGAGCAGAAACUGCAGGACACUGUUUCCAAAAUCAAUGAAUCUGAAAAACAGAGGCGAAAACGAGGUCCUGAAAUGAUUUAUGCAAAGCCACUGGAAAAGCGGCGGAAGUCUAAAAAAAGCGAAGACAUCCCGGUACGUUCUAAGAAAAAGACUGAUGUGGCUACAAACGAGAGAAAAGAAAGACUGAAAGUUGCGGCAUCAACCUCAUCAAAACGGGACGAGCCGGACCGCAACAUGCCAUCAACGUCAACUCAUACUACUCCGAAAGUGAAAUUCACUCCGAAUAAUCGUGGGUCAUUUUUAACUGAUGCUUCACAGAUGCCGGUCUUACCAAAGAUUAUUUCGAAAAAACAGAAAGAGGAAAAACUCCGUGAAGAAAUCAAACGUAAUACCGAGAAAGCAGCCCACAACCUUAAUCUCGGAGAAGUAAUGCUUGACGCAACACCAACGCCACCGGAACUAGUACAAAAGAUUUGGGAAAAUAUGUACUCCAGUAGUGCUUCUCAGGCUGAGCAGCUGUCACCCACCAAAGAGCAAAAUAUACCUCUCAUGGAAAACGAAGACAGUGGAGCGUGUGAAAUCGAUUCCCCUACAAACGAAGAUCCGGAUGAAAUUAAUCAAUUGUCUGAUUUCAUUGACGAUGGCGUCGGAAUGGAAACUGAGGAAAGUGAAGGAAACGAGAACGAUUUGAAUUAUGACGAUGAUUACGACGAGGAACUCGCUAUCUACCAUCUGGUAAUGAAAUUGCCACCGGAAACUGGUAAAAUUACAGUAAUUGAAACGAAUCCGAAACCUGCCCACAUCAGAUCGAUACUGAAAACCUCGACUAAACUCGGACCGAAGAAAAAACGCCGAGUAACUUUCAAAGAAUCCGGCUUCCAAUACAAUCCUCGACACAAAAUCAUUUCCGAUUUAACUGCAUACGAUUGCUCACGAUGCGACACAGUGGAGAUUUUUUUCAGCAGCGUGGGCACAGACAUUCGGUCGUUUGCCGAUUCAUAUGAAGAUUAUAAGGAAUAUCGGACAACCCUGGUGUCAUUAAUGCUGGUUGAAUUGUGGAAAGAAAUCGAACUGGAAUACAUUAAUUCGAAAAUACACAGCUUCACCUCCGUCACAAUAAACGACCAAAAUCUGGAGAAGAGAGGAGAAGGACUCAGGAUGAUUUUCCAUUGUCAAGCCAAUGCAUUGUACAAAUCGAACGCCGUUUGUGAUGACCACAUAGUGCUUGCGAAGUGUACGCAAAAUGGAGAGGAAAUUGAAUUCGUUGCGCUAAUUACGUCGAUUAGGUAUUCGAAUAGAGAAGCAACUGACAAGCUAGCAUACUUUACCAUGGAAACAUCGGUUUUGACUCAAGUAUUGCCAAUUGAUUCACUGAAAAUUCGACCCAUCACCGCCAUCGCAAAUACCCUGAACAGCCUGAAUGCCGUCUACAGUUUAAAGACCUCGCCAUUGGCAAAUUUAGUCAUAAAUCCACUAUCGGAAGAAAACCUAGUUCGUCAUACGCCGGAAAAUCUUACCUUCAAAUGUUAUGAUACAUUAGACGACACUCAACGUAAAAUCUUAGGGACACUGUACAGGCGCUGUAUUAACUUGGAUGUUCCCAAUAUAUCGUUACUGGAAGGUGCAGCUGGCACGGGAAAGACCUGUCUGAUAGUCAAUUUGGCCCUGCAGCUAGUAUAUGGCGAUGGAUUGCCCAAGCCACUUAAAAUAUUAAUCUGUUCAAAGUCUAACGGAAGCAUCAAUGACUUAACCCGAAAAUUGAUCCACAUUCGGGACGAUACUGCAGGAAGCACAAAAAUAAAGUUGGUGCGAUUUGGUGUGUUGGAAAACAUGGACAGUGCCGUUCAACGCGUCUCCGUACAACAUCUCAAAGAGAUGGAGCGGCAUUCACCUCAAUUCACCAGUACCAGUUACGAUGACCUCGUCAGUCAGAGAACCACAUUGGAAUUGAAACUGACAGCCUUAAAUUUGGACAACGGCAUCGAUCAUGCGACGACUUCGAACGCCAUAGAAAAACAGCUGUACAAAGUAAACGCUCUGAUCGAUCGGUUCCAAGGUCUGGAACGGAAAAAACUUCGAGAUUCAACGACGUUCAUACUGAAUUCAUGUGAUAUCAUUUGCACGACAUUGGCAAGCAUUCCCAAGUUGCAGAACUAUGUUUCCCAAGUGGAUGUUUGUAUCAUUGAUGAGGCCACACAGUGUAACGAGCCGUUGACACUGCUACCAUUUCAAUUUGGUAAUCCGUCACUGGUUCUAGUUGGUGAUUCGCAACUGCUACCACUGGCUGCUUAUUCACCUAUCGUCAAAUCAAUGAAUUACGGCAAGUCGCUGUUCGCCCGUUUCCAAAAACUGUAUUUGGGUAAAUUUGGCAGUCCAGUUUUCGAAAUGAAUUUCCAAUAUCGAAUUCAACAAGAAAUCUUAUUGUGGCCGAAUCAUCAAUUCUACAAAAAUCGGCUCGUUCCACAUGCAUCGGUCAAGGACAAUAGUUUUCCCAUUGCUCCGUACAAAGUCAUUUCGUACAGUCUGGAUAAAGGUGUGAAAGAGAGUGAUAACAUCAUGUUAGUUGUUAAGGUUCUGCUGGGACAUGUGGACUGGCAUGCGCAUUCGGUGGGAAUGAUAUGCACCAAUUUCAAACAAAAUUCCAUUUUGAAGAACAAAUUGAAGGCUUAUCCGUACAUUGCUACGAACUCAGCUGAAUCGUAUAUUGGUGAAAAAGACGUGGUGAUUAUUUGGAUUAGUGGAGAGCACGGUAUUUCCCAUUUGGCGCACCAACAAGUUUUAAAUGCGGCUGUGACACGGGCACGAAAAAGUCUGCUGAUUUGUGGUGCCAAUCUAACUGGUUACAAAAAUCGUCCGGUGUGGAGAUCAUUACUGGAAAAUGCUAACCAAAGAAAUUGCUUGCAGCACUUUAAGGUGUUAACCGCUUCAAAGGUCUGCCAUACCUUAAGUAGAAAUGUCGUAGUAAAUGGGCGGCCUGAACCGAAGUGCAACAUAUGUAAAUUUUAAUAGAAAUAUAUUUUUAAAAGUGACUCGAAUUAUAGCAGAAGAAUUUUGCAAAAGUUUUUUUUUUUUAAAUAUUUAAUUUAAUAAAUUUGUGAUAAAAA